AUGGAUGACUAUUCUGGUAAGAGAGCUGGUGAUGCCUUUUCUGUUUCUAGAAAGGGAUCUGCCCAUGUUUUGAGAGAUACUGCUAAUAAUGGAGAUCGAAAAGCUCAAUUUUGCAACCGAAUCGGAUGCAGUGGCAGACUGAACUCUAGUAAAGGUACUCAAACCAGUUCAGAAAAAGCCAAAUCUUCAAGGCCAAGGCCAUUAUUUUCAUCUUCCUCAGGUGGCAAGGAACCAAUUGGAAGCUCAUCUAGGACUUGCUCUGCAAUCAGCAAGCCUAGAAACUCCUUGCAGGAACCUCGAAAAAAAGCAGAUUCCUCUGACAAUGGGAGUGUUCAGGAUGAGCCUGAAGUUAUACAGCCUUCUGGAAGGAUUAAGCUAGAUCUUCACGCUGAAUCUGGUGGAGCUGGUUCUAGUGAUAUUACCUCAAUCGAAGUUGGAAGCUCCAGUAUAUCAACAAGGACAAAUACAAGGUACCAUAGGAAUUUUCAUCAGAAAUCAGGAUUAGAAAAACCUGGGACUGUAGUGGGGUCACCUGUUUCUUUGGCAUCUAAAAGCACAAUCCAGGGGACACGUGUGAAUGCCGGCAGGUAUGGUCUUAGAAACCUUAGAUGCAAUACAGUAUCUGAUGCUGCCUCUUCAGGUUCUUCAUCUCCAGAUUCAAAUCUAAGUAGAAGGAAAGACACGGUCAAAAAGAGAGUUUGUGAUGGGGAAAGUAGUUCCUCUGCCAGAGGGAAGAAGAUGAUCGGGUCAUCAUUAGAAGGGCGGAGUUCUAGUUCAAGUUCUGGUAUCUCCAUUUCUGAUUCAAGGCGAGCUAGAACUGGACCUCUGAACAGGGACAGCAGUGCUGCAACGGUUAGGACUCGAAGACCACUCAGUGUCUACACAAGGGCAAGGGUCCCUAAUCAAGGAAAUGGAAACAAUGUAUCAGCAAAUGAGAUACCACUAAUGUCUCAACCUGAUAUAUCCCAAGAUUUGAAUGCACCUGGUUCGUCACACCUGUUCUCUGUCGAAGCCUCUUUAGGUCGCUCAAGUUCUUAUCGUCGACCUGGCAGUAGCACUGGGAGUUUACGGGGUAUCAGGCCAUCCAGUCCAGCAGAAGCUAGCAAUGCCCGGUCUUUGAUGAACCGUGAGAGCUCCCGGCGAUACAACAUGGAUGGAAUUGCUGAGGUAUUAUUGGCGCUUGAGAGGAUUGAACAAGAUGAAGAGCUAACAUAUGAGCACUUGCUUGUUUUGGAGACCAAUUUGGUCCUUAAUGGUCUGAACAUCUAUGAUCAACAUAGAGACAUGAGACUGGAUAUUGAUAAUAUGUCAUAUGAGGAACUAUUAGCUCUUGAAGAGAGAAUGGGUACUGUGAGCACAGCACUACCAGAAGAAGCAUUGUUAGAAUGCCUUAAGACUGGCAUUUAUCAGGCCACUCCAAUGGAGGAUGUGACUAGAAACCUUGAAGGUGAUAAGGAUGACAUCAAGUGCAGCAUCUGUCAGAUUAGCUUGAAAUCCCUUGUCCCCUCACCUUGGGAGCUGAGGAUGGAAAAAGAGAGAAGAAAACAGCUACAACAACAGUUGAAAGGAAAAGUGAGCUCAUUUGCUCAAUUUUUUUGUGUUGGAAUUGGAGACCUUGCUGAGGCAUUUCAAAGGUCUCCUUUAUCCAGUCUCGGAGAAGCUAACAACGCAGCAGAUUGCAUGGCAAAGCAAGGAACUACUCGAUCUUGUGUUUUUGUAGAUUGGCUAUAA